AUUGUGUAGUUAUAUGACUCCACAGCAGUAACCAGGUGCGUCAGCAGGCGGCAGCAGCGGCGUCCAGUCUCACAUGUAAUAAACAUGAGAGAAGCGUCGAAGAAGAGAGGACGAAGAAGAGGGCGGACAUGUUGAUUUAAAGGAAGAAACACAAUAGAGGCGAUUUAUUCCAAGUAAAAUUCAGUUAUUAAUGCGACUUUUGAAGGAGGUAGUUGAUCAACCGCACACCGAGCAUCCCUUGUAAAAUAACAGAGAAACUAAGGUGAAAAGUUUGAGUUGUUGUCUGACUUUGAGGAGGCAGCGAGUUGAUCACGGACACACUUUACACACCGACCUGAAGACCUGUGGUGUCAGGGGAGAGAGGGUCGAACACCUGGAGGAGAAAGAAAAACGCACACUGAGGACUCAUCAGGGGUGGAAAGCUUUUUGGCUUUGGACUAGACCCCUUGAUUGAUUUGUGAUUUCAGGAUUCAGUUUUUCUCAGACACGGAGCGACACAAAUCCACACAGUGGAAAUAAACGGCAAGCAUUAUAGACUAUAUGAUUUUGGGGAAAAACUUGUACAAAGUUGGACAUCCUUUUUUUUUCCAAGGACAAGGAUAUUGAGCAACUUUUAUGGACUCAAACAGAAACAGGAAACCUUGAUGAAAAAGAAAUUAAAGCGUUGAACUAAGAUUAUAUUCAAAAAGCUGUUCCCCAAGUUCAGAUUGCCUUAGUUGUUCUAUUUCAGGACUUGAACCGCUUUGAUACUUGUUCACAUAUAAUUUUUCUAUAUUGUGAGCAAGUAGAUUCAUGCAUAUGAAUGCAAAUUUCUCUUCAUUUUGAAGAGCUCUUGUGUAAAAACGUGUUUUUUUUUUUUUGUUGUUGUUCUUGUACGUCAGUCACUCUGUUGUUGAAGGGGACCGAACUGCACGUACAUGUGUAUAUGUAAAUACUACGAAUUGACUUCUGUUGUGAAAGCUUUGGACUUUAAAAGAAUAGAGAAUAUUGUUUGUUAAUGCUUUAUUAAACUUUUUUACUUUUGAAGAGAAUUUUUAAAAAGAAAAACCUAAGAGGCAAAAAUCUAAUACUUUGAAGAAAAAAAAAAACAACAGCAAGCAAAACAGGAAAAAUGGCAACUGCCAGAACAGAAAACGUCGGCCCAGUCGUCAUGGGACUGAACAAGCAGAACGGGCAGCUCAGAGGACAGACCAAACCAGCUUCGGUCCAGCCAGCACCCACAACUCAAGGAAAGGCUUUGGGUGCACCCCAGAUAGCAGGCGGUGCUGCUCAGGACGGAGGAGGCAUCAAGUUUGGAGAUGACUGGAAAAAGAGCUUAAAGCUCCCUCCCAAAGACACCAGGGUCAAAACCUCAGAUGUGACGUCAACCAAGGGGAAUGAAUUUGAAGAUUAUUGCCUCAAACGAGAACUCCUGAUGGGCAUCUUUGAGAUGGGCUGGGAGAAACCGUCUCCUAUUCAGGAGGAAAGCAUUCCCAUCGCCCUGUCUGGACGGGAUAUUCUGGCUCGGGCCAAGAACGGAACAGGGAAGAGUGGAGCUUAUCUCAUCCCACUGCUGGAGAGAAUAGACCUGAAAAAGGACCACAUACAGGCGCUCGUCAUGGUGCCCACCCGUGAGCUGGCCCUGCAGGUGAGCCAGAUCUCGAUCCAGAUCAGCAAACACCUUGGAGGAGUCAAAAUCAUGGCUACCACAGGCGGCACCAACCUGCGAGAUGACAUCAUGCGCCUGGACGAGACCGUGCAUGUUGUCAUCGCCACGCCCGGGAGGAUCCUGGACUUGAUAAAGAAGGGAGUGGCAAAGGUGGAUAGAGUCCAAAUGAUGGUGAUGGAUGAGGCGGAUAAGCUGCUGUCUCAGGAUUUUGUGGUGCUCAUCGAGGAUAUCAUCAGCUUCCUGGCCAAGAACAGGCAGAUCCUGCUCUACUCUGCAACCUUCCCCAUCAGUGUGCAGAAGUUCAUGGCCAAGCACCUUCAGAAACCGUAUGAGAUUAACCUGAUGGAGGAACUGACUCUGAAGGGCAUUACUCAGUACUACGCCUACGUCACAGAGAGGCAAAAAGUCCACUGCCUCAACACGCUGUUCUCCAGGCUUCAGAUCAACCAGUCCAUUAUCUUCUGUAACUCCACUCAGAGGGUGGAGCUCUUGGCCAAGAAGAUCACUCAGCUGGGCUACUCCUGCUUCUACAUCCAUGCCAAGAUGAUGCAGGAAUACAGAAACCGUGUGUUCCACGACUUCAGAAAUGGACUGUGCAGGAACCUGGUCUGCACUGAUCUCUUCACCAGAGGUAUUGACAUCCAGGCUGUCAAUGUCGUCAUCAACUUCGACUUCCCCAAGAAUGCUGAGACUUACCUCCAUCGUAUUGGGAGAUCAGGGAGGUUUGGUCACCUGGGCUUGGCCAUCAACCUGAUCACAUCAGAGGACCGAUUCAACCUGAAGGCCAUCGAAGACCAGCUGGUGACCGACAUCAAGCCCAUUCCAGGCAGCAUCGACAAGAGCCUCUACGUGGCUGAGUUCCACUCGUCCGGUGGCGACUGUGAUGUGGAGGAGGUGGAGGAGAAGUCAGGACACCAACAGGACAGCGCCUAAAGCAGGACGGUCGGAUACACCGGGCUUUUGCACAGACAUCAGCGCUUGCACACAGGCUUCAGGCAACUCUUCAGUUUUAUGUUUCUCACUUGUUUUCAGAGCCUUUCAAAUGGAUGUAAAGGCUGUUUUUAUUUUUAGCAUUUCCUCAAAGAGAGCUGCCUCAUUCUUUUAUUUUAAUUAACUGAGAAAGUUAAACUGAAUUGUUUUGCACCAAACUCAGAGUGGACCAUGCAUCCAGUGUAUUUUUUUUUUCUUUCCGAAAAUGUGUCGUUUUUAGACGGCAGCACAGAUGGUUAUCAAGGCUGUUUUGAACCUGUCGUCCUUGGAGACUGUUUUCAUUUCCAGCAGCAGGGUUGGCCUCCUUUUAAUGUUACAAUGGUGCACUUAACACCAGCCAUCGUUCUGUCCACUUAACACUGUUGUUGUCACUUAAGUGCCUUACUUACUCCCAUGUGCACUCAUCCAUUCAUAGCCUGCUGUCUUCUGUCAUGCAGCAGAGUACAAGCACAAAAAAUAUGAAUUUAAUAGAAACCCGAGUUUAUUUAAACAUCCAUUAUGCAAGGGAAAAAGACAACACACACACACACACUCCUGCUGAGGCAGGGUGUGUUGCUACACGGCUCAAAACCAUCCUGAAUGUGAACGUUUAUUUUUAAUGUGAACGUUGCAAUAAAAAAGGGCAGCUUUAUUUAAAUACUGCGUGACUGUUUUUCCCUUUCACUAUGAAUAAAACAUGAGCAGAUUAAAUAGGAGAAGACGGCUAAAGACACAAGCCCCCAUACAGAUUCAUGGACGUUAGCUUGCAGCAACACAAAACAGCGUGGGAACUGAAUAACGGCUUCGUGCUGUUACAUUAUGGCUGCCGCUGUCUGGAGGUUUCUUUUCCAUUAAAAAAAAAAAAAAUCACAUUGAGCUGGUGAAUACUAUAAACCCAUCGGCCACUGCAGCUGCGAGAUGAACGACUGGUUUCCACUAAUGCAUCGAGACUGGUUCAGAACAGGUUUGAUAGCCGCAUCUGUCAUUACUGAACCGAUAAUUGAGUAUUGAGCGGUCCAAGGAGUUAAUUGUUUUUGAGGAAAUUGGUGCAAAACAAUGGUUGAAAUUUCUCAUCUUUCUUUUCCCCCUACUGCUUCAGAUUCAGUUUUAUUUUGAAAGUGCAUUUUUGCAAAUUCUAAAGUGAAACGUUCUUUUUAAGCCCCAUCACGACAAAAUUGGUUGGUGAAUGUAUAUGUUGCCAAUGUGUACUCUCUACAGCCCAGUGGUUGGAUGCCAAGCUCUUACAUUUGACAGCUGUCAUUUGGUGUCGCUGCUGUUGCAUAAGAAACUCCUUUUCAGGCUUUGCUUUGAUUAAAUGGUUUCAUGGACCAGGGGGAUGAAACCUGCGCAGUCUCUAAAGGACCACAUUGACCUUGAAUUGAAAUACAAUUUAACAGGGGGAAAAAAGGAAAAAAAAGUCAGUUUUCUUUGUGCAGCAGCAGAAGAGGGUCUGAGGGGUGGGCUUUGUGUAUGAAAGCAAAAUUGUAGCAUCUUUGAACAGGCAGCUGUGACUUCUUUGUUUUUGUCCUCCCCUUACAGAGUGGCAGUAAUGCUAAAAAAAAAAGACAUAAAAAAGAAAGUAUUUUUGCUUUUUAAGAUUUAUUUUUGAUGUUGCUUAAAGCAGUUUGGAGGGGGAGGGACUGUGAGGCUUUAGCACUGGGUAUCUUGUGGAGGUUUAUUUUGGGUGGGUUUUGCAGAAGCCAAGUGUUUUAUCAGAUGCUCUCUGGGCAUCUUUUCUUCUCUCUGGCACUUAAAGCAAAGACAUAAGCUUUGAUUUAAAGUAAUUUUCCCCUAAAAAAAUACCUGUUUUAUUUUUCAUCGUGGAUUAAGUGCCAGAGAGAGAAAGAGAGAGUUAUUACGGGAGCGAGUUUCUGGGAAGCAUUGAAGCACUGUGAUCUUCUACUUUUGUGUGAGAGACGAUUAGAGUGCUAUGAUUUGUUCUCAGCAACUCGAUCCAUUUUUUCCACUAGGGCAAUCUUUAAUACGAGGUGUUAUGAAUCAUUUUGAGGAAACAAAAUUGUAAGUGAUUCAUUGUUUACUCCAGUCGUUUACAAUUCUACACAAAAAAAAUGAAAAUACUUUGCUUCAUGGGUGGAGGACAAGGAGGGUUUUUUUCUUUGUUUUGUUUUUUUUUUUCCCCUUGAAAUAGACUUUCAGGAUUUACAUUGAAGCAAAACCAAAAAAGGAGAAUGUCGUAUGCGUGAGUGUGUGAGAGAAAGAUUGUGUGUGAGACAUCGAGAGUGUGUCUGUGUGUGUUUUGUGUGAGUGAAAAAUGCCGGCGACUGUUUGAACAAGGUGUGUGUCUUGAGUGCUGGAGAGAGACACGUGUAUGUUUGAAGCUGUGACAGGCUGUUGAGAAUCAUGACGUUUACAUGCAGCUUCAACCGAACUGUUGGACUCAGCUCCUCUGAGAAAAUCUGAAGUCACAAGUAACCAGAACCAACGUGGUUGCUGACGUGGAUGACAAAACAAGUGUGUUGUUGACAGUCCAGAGCUGCAUGUAAGCGUGCGUCUUUUUGUUUUCGUGUGCAGACUCGUUCUGUGUUUCUCUUGGUGGUGUACGAUGUCUUUACUAUCGGUGUGGAUGGUUACAGUUGUCAGGGAUGGGAUUUUUCACCUCUGUUCUCAUUUUCCAUCUCCCUCUUCAAUUUUGUGGACAUGAAUCUGAUUUCUAAUGACAAAGUUCCACUUUUCUGUUCUUUUUUUAUGUUUUAUGUCCCUGAUCUCAUCCCUGACAGUCAUUCCAUGAUCUCCUUUGCGAUUACACAUACAGUUAUAGCUGAACCUAUCAAGAGUUGGUGAAGGUGGUUCUGGAAUUUUCCAUAUUUUGGUUGUCUUUUUUUCAGACUUUUGCCUGGAAUAGGCUCUCAAAAUGCCCUCACAAAGAAAUACGACCCUUUUAUUACAACUUAGAAUAUUUCAUAGCUUCAGCCAUGUGUUCAUAUCAGUCGUGAUAAGAUUUUACACAUCAGUGAGUAAUCACUAAGAUCUCAGACGAGGCAGCGUCGCUGAAAAUAGGCGCAUUGUAGCGUUGAGCUCAACCCUGAGUUUUAUGAUACACUGUAGAACUGAUGGCUGCAGCUGCAAAAUAAGGUUGUAAUGAUAAACAGUUUUUCUUCUAUCGAACAAGGUGUAACUUCCUGGACAAAAAUUGUUAAUUGUUGAUUGAUUGUAUCUUUGUUCAGGAGGUUACUUUUUGUUGAUUAAUUUUUUUGGAAUCUGUUCCCUUAUUGCACUUGAUAAUUCUUGUAGUACUUUUCCAGCCAUAUGGCAGAUAUGAUAAUUUACUCAUCAAAGUAAAUGCUGAGCUCUCAGAACAGGGCAACACUGCUAAAAAUAGCUUAAUUGUGACAACAUUUUGAUAUGAACAGCUUCAUCACGCUCUGUAGAACGACAUCCAGAGCUGCACAACUUUGAUUUAAGCUGCAUUCGAUGCAAAUUUGAUAUUUUUGUUGGAGUUAACUUGUGUAUCAGUGGUCACAAAGGAGAUCAUGAUGAAUGUUGAGUGAAUCGAUUUAUUUUGUCAUCUGGUGUUGUUAAGACGUCUACGUCUGUGUGUGCACUCUGACCUGUGGAGUCAGGAGUGCUGACGGGUGGGAGGGAUAUUUGUCAAAAACCUGUUUUUGAAAAGGGUUUAAAAAAAAAAGGGUAAAAAGAAGAAAAAAGAAAAAAAAAAGAAGAAAUUGGAGAGGGUGAGGAUUUGGUUUCAAAAUAGCAAGAAAAAGGUCAACACCUUGAUUUAAAACUAGUAUUAAUGGCUGAACUGCCCCUAACACUUCUACUGUGCAUAGCAAAAUUGAAUUGGACCUCUUAAUUUGCUGCACUAAUGUAGACUCACCCACGCUUUAGGUGAUUUCAGCCAAACUUAAUGGUGAACUCAGCAGAAUUGCUGUAGGAAGCUGAGGGGAAAGUUACAGCAAUAUUUCCCUGCAACAUGGAUAGAAAACAGCGGUGUUAUGACCCUAAAUUGGCUCUCAAAUUUCCUGUUUUUCAGUUUAAAUGUCACUGGGGACACGGUUGCUCCAGUAUUUUCUCUACAACGUGGAUAGGAAGGAGUGGUAAUACAGUGAUUCCAAAUUGGCUUGCAAAAAUGUUGGUUCAGUUGAUCCCACAUGCUUAAAAAUGUUCUUUUCUGUAAUCAGUUUUUGAGUUAAGUCUUCUCACUACUUACUGGUACUUCUGAGGCCCCACUUCUCCCAAAUCAACUUUCAUUCCCGCAUUAAUUUUGGACUUGAAUUGUGAUAGCUUAAAACCAGACUCCAUGUUUAUUUUCCCUCACUGUCCUAUCGUUCCCUUUUCGCGCCAUUGGGGUAAAACUCGGUAAUGAUAACUCGGUAGUAAUGCAAAAAAUGUCAUCUUCUCAUUGGUCACCUUUGUUGCUUUUGUUUUUCUUUCCUUAUGAAACACACUGAAAAAGGCACAAAGUAUUUCAACAACUUGUGUUCAUCACUCUGUCCUCUACUGUUGUAAUGUGGAAAUACAUGCAGGGGUUAUAAAAUUCAAUAAAUUGAACUUAAAUUUA